GUCAUACACAGAGGUUUGGGGUUUGAAGGUACAGAAGGAAGGACCCAAGAAGAUCUUUACUCAGAUCUCUGCCAGCAGGAUAGAAGGUGGUGUGUAAACCCUGGCCUCUGACCUUCCUUCUUACCAUGAGGUGGAGCCAACAUUUGUCCAGGGCCUUUUGGCACUCUGGCCUGGGAAGAGCACUACAGACAGCAGAUGAAAGUAUCCCUUUCGUGAUCCACUGGACUUGGGCCCUUAAAGGGGAGUGUCCCCUGGGGCCCCCUAGGGUCUUUAUACGCCACUAUGGAAGCUCAGUGAGAAGUGGUUCCCCAUCAGGGAGGCAUGGACAGUUGUUCCAGAGCAUCUCUGCAACUGAAGCCAUCCAGUGGCACCGCCGGAACCUGGCUGAGUGGUUCAGCCGGCUGCCCAGGGAAGAGCGUCAGUUUGGCCCAACCUUUGCACUAGACACAGUCCACGUGGACCCUGUGAUCCGUGAGAGCACCCCCAAUGAGCUUCUCCACCCACCUUCAGAGCUGGUGCUGGAACAUCAGCUGCCCCUGGCCAGGCUCUCUACAUUGGCUCUGUCUCAUCUCUUUGACCCAGAUGCCUGUGGGCGCCGGGUGCAGACAGUAGUUCUGUAUGGGACGGUGGGCACAGGCAAGAGCACGUUGGUGCGCAAGAUGGUCCUGGACUGGUGUCAUGGGCGACUGCCAGCCUUUGAGCUGCUCAUCCCCUUCUCCUGUGAGGACCUGUCAUCCGUGGGCUCUGCUCCGGCCUCCUUGUGCCAACUUGUGGCCCAGCGUUACACGUCCCUGAAAGAGAUUCUGCCCCUGAUGGCUGCAAUUGGGUCCCGCCUGCUCUUUGUGCUUCAUGGCUUGGAGCGCCUCAACCUGGACUUCCAGCUGGCAGGCACAGGGCUUUGCAGUGACCCUGAGAAGCCAGAGGCACCAGCUGCUAUCAUAGUCAAUCUGCUGCGCAAAUAUAUGCUGCCUGAGGCCAGCAUUCUGGUGACCACCCGGCCCUCUGCCAUUGGCCGCAUCCCCAGCAAGUAUGUGGGCCGCUAUGGCGAGAUCUGUGGCUUCUCUGAUACCAACCUGCAGAAGCUCUAUUUCCAGCUCCGCCUCAAUCAGCCAGACUGUGGGCAUAGUAAUGGGGUGGGUGUCUCAGCCACAUCAGCUCAGCGUGACAGCCUGGUGGAGAUGCUCUCCAGGAACCUGGAAGGGCACCACCAGAUCACUGCUGCCUGCUUCCUGCCCUCCUAUUGCUGGCUUAUCUGUGCCACCUUGCACUUCCUACAUGCCCCCACACCAGCCGGCCAGACCCUCACAAGCAUCUACACCAGCUUCCUGCGUCUAAACUUCAGUGGGGAGAUGUUGGACAGCAGUGACCCCUCUAAGUUGUCCCUGAUGGCCUAUGCUGCCCGAACCAUGGGCAAGUUGGCCUAUGAGGGGGUGUCUUCCCGCAAGACCUACUUCUCUGAAGAGGAUGUCCGUGGCUGCCUAGAAGCUGGCAUCAGGACGGAAGAGGAGUUUCAGCUGCUGCAUGUCUUCCGCUGGGAUGCUCUGAGGUUUUUUCUGGCUCCGUGCAUGGAGCCAGAGCGUCGAGGCACCUUUGUGUUCACUGUGCCUGCCAUGCAAGAAUACCUGGCUGCCCUCUACAUCGUGCUAGGUUUGCAUAAGACAACUCUGCAACAGGUGGGCAAAGAAGUGGCUGAGCUCGUGGGCCGUGUCGGAGAGGAUGUCAGCCUGGUCCUGGGGAUCAUGGCCAAGCUGCUGCCACUGAGGGCCUUACCUCUGCUCUUCAACCUGCUUAAGGUAGUUCCACGAGUUUUUGGGCGCAUGAUGGGUAAAAACCGUGAGGCUGUGGCCCAGGCCAUGGUGUUGGAGAUGUUCCGGGAAGAGGAUUACUACAAUGAUGAUGUCCUGGACCAGAUGGGUGCCAGUAUCCUGGGAAUAGAGGGCCCCCGGCGCCACCCAGAUGAGCCCCCCGAGGAUGAGGUCUUUGAGCUUUUCCCCAUGUUCAUGGGAGGACUUCUCUCUGCCCAUAACCGGGCCAUGCUGGCUCAGCUUGGCUGCCCCAUCAAGAACCUUGAUGCCCUGGAGAAUGCCCAGGCCAUCAAGAAGAAGCUGGGGAAGCUGGGCCGGCAGGUGCUGCCCGCCCCGGAGCUCCUUGACCACCUCUUCUUCCACUAUGAGUUCCAGAAUCAGCACUUCUCUGCUGAGGUGCUCAGCUCCCUGUGCCAACUCAACUUGGCGGGUGUGCGCAUGACACCCCUCAAGUGCACAGUGGUGGCAGCUGUACUGGGGAGUGGAAGGCAUGCUCUGCAUGAAGUGAACUUGGCUUCUUGCCAGCUGGACCCUGCUGGGCUACGCACACUCAUGCCUGUCUUCCUGCGUGCUCGAAAGCUGGGCUUGCAACUCAACAACCUGGGCCCGGAGGCCUGCAGGGACCUCCGAGACCUGCUGCUGCACAACCAGUGCCAAAUUACCACCUUGCGGCUGUCCAACAAUCCACUGACAGCUGAGGGUGUGGCCUUGCUGGUGGAGGGGCUAGCAGGAAACACUUCACUGACACACCUGUCUCUGCUACACACGGGCCUUGGGGACAAGGGCCUGGAGCUGCUGGCUGCCCAGCUGGACCGUAAUCAACAGCUACAGGAGCUGAAUGUGGCCUACAAUGGUGCUGGUGACACAGCAGCCCUGGCCCUGGCCAAUGCUGCCUGGGAGCAUCCUUCCCUGGAGCUGCUGCACCUCUACUUCAAUGAGCUGAGCUCAGAGGGCCGCCGGGUCUUGCGGAACUUAGGGGACACUGCUGAAGGCAGGGCCCGGGUUGUGGUAUCACUGACAGAGGGAACAGCAGUGUCAGAGUACUGGUCGGUGAUCCUCAGUGAAGUCCAGCGGAACCUCAACAGCUGGGAUCAGGGCCGGGUCCAGCGCCACCUUGAGCUAUUGCUGCAGGAUCUGGAAGAUAAUCGAGGAGCCACCCUUAAUCCUUGGCGCAAGGCCCAGCUGCUUCGAGUGGAGGGCGAGGUCAAGACCCUCUUGGAACAGUUGAGAGGCCCUGGACACUGAGACAGUGGC